AACGCUAGUAAAUAUGACCUGAAGAUAAUAAAGAGAAAAAACAACACAAAAGAUGAUCCAGUUUGUAGAGUAAAGAAUGGCAGGAUGAGGAUGAGUGAAUGUGAUCUUUAUAAUAACAGACCUAACGUGACAGUCAUUAAUGGGACUCUGAUAAUAAACCGUGUGAUCAGAGCAGAUUCAGGGAAUUACACAUUAACACUCUCUGACUCAAACGGCACAGAAACAUCUAGAGAUCUUCAAGUGAUUGUUGAAGCUCCUAUUGGCUCAGUGGAAGUGUCAUCCAGCUGCUUCUCCAAUCAGACUUCAGUGUUCUGCUCCUCUGAGGGAGAUCAGAUCUUCUACAGCUGGACUCUGAAUGGAAAAAUUCUAGAGCAAGGACCAAUGUUUGGAAACAGCAGCAUUGAUCUGGAUGAGAAAACUGAUGGAAACAUCAUCUGCAGCAUGAAGAACCACGUCAGUCACAAACAGAAGACCAUUAGACUCAAACCCUGUCCUGCUGCCUAUCUGAUUGCUUUGGGCUGCGCUGCUCUGAUCCUGAUUCUGCUGUUCAUCACUGUGUGUUAUGUUUACAAGAAGAAACAGCUCAAGUCGACACCAGCCGCUGCUGGAGAUAUGGAGCUCAUAUACAGUGAUGUCUCUUUUAAGAAAAAGGAUGAAAAGAAGAAUACAGAAUCACUCCCGGCUGCUGAUGUGGAAUAUGGUGCGGUCCGACCGCAGACAAAGAAGGAGGAAUAAGAGGAGGAAGAGGUUCAGUACGGCGAGGUGACGUUCACUCCGAACCACUCAAACGUUACAGAGAGUGAGAUGUAGAGCAAGCAAGACAAUGAAAAUAAAAGAGGAAUCCAAAUUGCAUGUUAUUUUUCCUCAAUCCACUGAGCACUUCUGUUUUUAGCACUUCUCGAUUUGUAGCUGUGACAAUAUGAAGGCAAGAAAAAGCUUAAAUGAGAGUCAGCUUUUAAUCAUGAAUCUCAAGGAGCUGAUCGAAGUGCUCAGAAGUUAUGAAAACACAGCAGUUGCUGAUUUUGAAUUAAUAAAACAUUUCAAAGCAACUAAAAUUCAGGAGUCACAGAAAACCUGAGCUUGCUAGUAUGCGGCUCAUAAAGAGCUUUGUUUUUCUACCUCCACAAGUGCCAUCUAUAAGGGGCAGUUUCUUCAGGUGAUAUGGUGAUGGACGCACCACCAAAAUUUUUUCUAUUAUAACUGUGCAGCCCAGGGGACCCAUUGUAAUAGACUGCACUGGGACCCAUCAUUCCUAAGUUACACCACUGGUUGUGGUUUACUGUUUCUGAAAGGAUCCAUAAUAUUAAUAGCACAUUAAGUGACAACUGUAAACAUUGUGAACUGUAAACAUUGAAUGAAAAAAAAAGAAGAAUUAGGGAGAAUCAAUGAAUUCUGAAUGAUUGACUGCCACAGUGUGAAUAUGUAAUCAUGUAAUCCAUAAACAAGUAACUGUAAUCUAAUUAUGAACAUUAUAAAAUGUAAUGUACACCAAUUACAAGUACUUGAUUUUUGAAAUCUUGAUUACAUAAUCCAGAUUACACGCAGUUAC